AUGGAUCGUUUCACGCAAUUCCCGGCCGUCAAUGACGAUGGCGAGGACGUCCAUGUCGUGCCCUGGAAUCUCGACUGUCAACUCCCCUCCGAGGUGUUGGCCCUGUCGUGGGCCGUCUUGCUACGCGCAUUCACAACCGAUGAAACCCCGGUCUUUCUCUUGAACGGUGCACCCGUCAAGGCAGAUUUAUCAACUCAAACAGUCCAACCAGCCGAUUUGGCCUCGGUGGCAGAUCUCUCCGUGAAACACACAGCCGUGGUGUUGGGCGAUCCAUUAUUCGAUGAUGGCAGACAUGCCCCCGCGCUACGCUGGACGGUGGACCCCACUUCACAUUCCGGAGCCUUGUGUGCGACCGGAGGCAUGGACGCACCAUUUUUGUAUGAACUCGGAAAACAGCUCAAGCAGAUCAUUCACGAGCAAGCAGCGCGUCAGGGAAUCACGGUGGAGCUGUCUGCCGGGGAGGUCCCGACGUUGGCGAUCGCGAACGCAGAACCCGCGACACUGCCAGGCCCGGGGCUCCUGCAUGAGCUUGCCUUGCGGGGAUUCCAUGAUGCGAAUCACGCGAUCGAGUUCCUUACGGCGGAAGGAGACGUUUGCUGCUUGUCUUACCGGGAUUUGGAUCGGCUUUCCUCGAAGCUCGCGGGUGAAAUAGCUCGUGCUUCGACGGAUGCUGGGCAGAGGGUCGUGCCUGUGCUUCUCCCGCAGUCGGUGGAGCUUUAUAUCUCAUGGCUGGCGAUCCUCAAGGCUGGCGCUGCAUUCUGUCCUUUGAACACCGAUGCUCCGACAGACCGAAUCGAGUUUAUUCUACAGGAUGUGGCUGCUUCGGUGGUCAUCACAAAUGGGGCCCUUGUCUCGAGGAUACCCCCCAAAGACCACAUCUCUGUUCUGACCGUGGACGACCUACAAAACGACAAUAGCCCCAUAGAGCCUUUCUCUAUCGAAACCGCCCCCCAUCUGGCGUAUGUGAUGUACACAUCUGGAUCGACCGGCCGCCCCAAAGGCGUCGGCGUAUCCCACCUGGCUGCCACUCAAUCACUCCUUGCUCAUGACGAUUUGAUACCCCAAUUCAAGCGAUUUUUGCAAUUUGCAUCCCCCACCUUUGAUGUUUCCGUUUUUGAAGUCUUUUUCCCCAUGAUGCGAGGGGCCACUCUGAUCGGCUCCGAGCGAGAGAACAUGCUCCUCGAUAUUUCCCAUGUUAUGACGACCAUGAAAGUCGAUGCCGCAGAGCUGACCCCCACAGUAGCAGGGGAGCUGCUGCGCACACGAACGGCCGCACCGUCCCUCCGCGUUCUCCUGACCAUCGGCGAGAUGCUCACCAGACACGUGGUGGACGAGUUCGGCCAGUCUGAAUCCCAGGCCGGUAUUCUGCACGGCAUGUACGGACCGACAGAGGCCGCAAUUCACUGCACCGCAGCCACCCAUUUCAAGUCCAAAGACCGUGUCAACAUGAUCGGAACUGCUUUCAAGACGGUCUCGGCUUAUAUCAUGUCCCUCCCGGAUGAGUCUAACGAGCUUCGCACCCUUUCCCUGGGCCAGAUCGGAGAGCUCGUUGUUGGCGGUCCGCAGCUGGCGGAUGGAUACAUCAAUCGCCCAGAAGAGAAUGCCAAGGCCUUUAUCGACAGCCCGAUCUACGGUCGACUUUACCGAACCGGCGAUAAAGCUCGCAUGCUGCCAUCCGGUGAGAUUGAAUGCUUUGGGCGUAUCUCCAGUGGCCAGGUCAAGCUCCGCGGCCAGCGAAUUGAGCUCGGUGAGAUCGAACAUGUUAUCACCAGGGCUUCAGGCGUUCGAAGUGCAGUCACACUGGUCAUCGAUGGAAAUCUUGUCGCUUUCGUGCUUGUCACAGACAAAGGUGUCACGGAUAGCAGCCUGCGAGACGUCUGUCGCCAGCUGUUGCCCCGUUUUAUGAUUCCCGGCGAGUUCGUGCUUGUCGACCAAUUCCCCCAACUACCUUCUGGCAAGAUCGACCGCAAGACUCUAGAGGCCGAUUUCAUCCAACACCGAAACAAUGCCCAGUCUGUGGUCCUGGACUCCCGAGACGAGAAAGAAGAAUCUAUUGUCUUGUGCGUGGCGGGUGUGCUCGGACGACGCCUGGCACCUACAGAGAGUCUAGCUGCAGCCGGACUUGAUUCGCUGGCGGCAAUCCGUCUGGCCUCUCAUCUUUUGAAUGCGGGAAUCCGUCUUGGCGUUGCAGCCUUGCUGGAAGCCGAUUCUAUCGAUGGUAUCUGGCAACUCGCCAGCUUGGACACCGAUGAUCUGACUGGUGAUACACAAACCGCCCUGCAGGCUAUCUCUGAGCUGGUUGCAGAUGCGGGUGUGGCGCGGCUUGACUCCCUGGGCUUGGAUUCGGUCUCAGAGCUUGUGCCCUGUAGUCACAUCCAGCAGGCUAUGCUUCUAGAGACUGUCAGAAAUGACAAGGCAUACUGCAAUUGGGUCGAGCUGGAAUUCGAUUCAACCAGUCCAACGGGGCUGAAGAAUGCAUUCUCUCGGCUAAUGGAGCACAACGAGAUUUUGCGAUCUGGUUUCGUGGAAAUCGGUCUGAAAGAUCACUCCUACGGUCGUUUCACCUGGAAGAACCUUGAUACACAGGUUCUCCAAGUAGAUGCAUUUGAGCAUGAUGUGUCAAUGGCCGUAGGUCACGAUAUCUUGAAUCCAUUCAGGGUUCAGAUCAAAGAAGAGAACGACCGCCUCCGGGCCCUUGUCCACAUUCACCAUGCCCUAUACGAUGGGUGGUCGUGGCAACUUAUGUUACAAGACCUCCACAACAUUUUAUUUGGAGACCAGCCAUCAACCAGACCAUCCUAUGCCGUUAUCACGAAUUUCUUUAUCGAGCAAAGUCUCAACAAAGCAUCCACAGAUUCUACGACCUACUGGCACGACCAACUUCAAGGGUCAACACCAACAUCAUUCCCAAUCUUCCACGGCAACGCCAUCAAGCCGACAACCUCCCACACAACCCGCGUUCUUCAAACACCCAUCUCACGACUCGGCGACGUAAGCCAUGAUCUUCGCGUUAGUCGCCAAACAAUCUUCCAAGCAGCAUUCACCUACAUCCUAUCCACCUACCUCGGUACCAGUGACAUUACCUUCGGGACCGUAUUCUCAGGUCGAACUCUCCCACUGAAAGGAAUCGAAACAAUUCUCGGCCCAUGUAUCAGAACACUCCCCACACGCAUGGACAUUGCAAAAAUGCAAAAUGUCUCCGAUCUUCUUCUGGCAAUACAAAAUAUGAACCACCAAUCCCUCGAGCACGGAAGCCUGCCCUUGCAAGACAUCAAGAAGGCCUCCGGCAUUGACCUGGCUCGCAACCUCUUCGACACAGCACUCGUAUGGCAGGAGAGUAUCUACACUCAGGAACAAACUGGGUUCAGAGAGGUCGAUGCCAGCGAGUUCCUGGAGUUUGCUCUUCUCCUUGAGUUCGAACCUAGGGAGCAGCAUGUAUUCGCUAGAGCGACUUUCCAACGGUCGGUUCUGUCAUCUGAACAGGCGGAUUUGCUGCUCGCGCAGAUAGAUGCCGUCGCUCAGAUCUUGAUUGAGCGAGUCGAUGUUCUUAUUACGGAGAUUGGUGAUCAUCUUCCUCGUGAGAUCUUGUCUCACUAUGCUGCUCCCGCGGUUCAAUGCGAGUGGUCUUUGACCUCUGGCGUUGAGAUCUUUGCUUCUACGGAUCCCCAUCGAGUAGUCGCUGAAGAGGUCAGUUGGAAAGAUGGGACUCCCUAUGUCGAAAGCAUAACAUAUGGACAACUGAAUUCUCGGGCUAACGGCCUCGCGCAUUUGUUGCUUCAUGUUGGAGUCUCCAAGAGGGAUCUUGUGCCUAUUCUUCUCACUUCAUUGAUUGACUUUUACGUUUCCGUACUUGGAAUCGUCAAGGCCGGCGCAGGCAUGUUGGUCCUUCCACAGAAUUCCGAGGAUCUCCAAUCUGUGUUCUCAAAGACAAAAUCCAAGUUCUGCAUCGUCGAUUCUGUGACGGAGAAAAGCUACCGACUCCCUUCUAUAAAGCUUGUACAACGGAUUCACCUCUCCUAUUCACUGGACGUCUAUCAUGAUUUCAACAUCCCGUAUACCAACAAGGGAUCCGAUGCAGCAUAUGCCGUUGUCGAAGCCGAACAUACAAAUACCGUUUUCUUCUCACGCCAAAGCCUCCAGAGCAACAUCAACGCCCUUUCAAUCCAGUACCCAACACCCACUGGAUCGAAGAUCCUCUCAGCACACCCUCACUCCAUCCCCGAGAUCUUCUUUUCCUGGCAGAAUGGAGCUACAUUCUGUUCAACUUCCUCUGCAACCAUGGACCUACAACAAGCUUGCCAAGAGCUAAGCAUCACACACCUCCACCUGACCCCCACACUAGCCUCUCGUGUCAAUCCCAAGGCCGUGCCAUCGGUACAAUAUCUCCUUACCUCGGGCGAGCAACUGAGUUACCGAGUCCAUCGCAACUGGUCAAGAAGAGGCCUCUACCAAGCCUACAGUUCUCAAGAGCUGGCUGGUCCUGGCACAAUUGUGCAAUCUGGUCGAUCGACCUUCAUUCGUAAUGUGGGUCAGCCACUCGGUGAUACCUUUGUCGUUAUUCUCGAUGAGUCGUUAUCCUUGCUCCCCCACGGUGCAGUUGGAGAGGUUUGCUUUGGCGGUGAUCAUAUUGGCAAUUGCGUCUCUGGCUCCGAAAUGCAGACCGGUCGAUUCGUCGAUCACGUCAAGUACGGUCGGAUCUGUCGUACUGGUGACCAUGGAAGAUUGCUUCCUGAUGGGACAAUCAUUCUCGAGAGAGCUUCUGGUCUGCGGGGUGCUCAGCUUGAUGAGAUCGAUCGUGUAUUCUCGUCGUUGGAAUCGGUUCAAGAGUUUGCUAGUUUGACCGUGGAUUUGAAAUCGGGUCAAGAGCUGGCUGUCGUUUGGGUUCCCUCUGCUCAGCCUGCGGAUGCAGACCUCGAGCAAGUCACCCAGGAUUUGUUCGCUGAACUCAUCAAAACCCUGCCACUGUCUGCUGUGCCUGCUCUCCUGGUCCCAGUGGACGAGAUCGCUAUCACCCCUUCUUACAAGAUCGACUUUGCAAAGUUGAAGAGCCAAAUCGGUGGACUGAGCGAUCGGGAACUAGCAGCUUUCUCGCCGAAGCUCAGUGACAGUGAUAACAAUGAUAGUCUUACCGAUGUGGAGAAAAUCAUCGUUGCGGCUUUGUCGACAGUCACGGAUACCGACCAAAGCCACAUUGGAAGACACACAUCAUUCUACAAGCUGGGUUUGGACUCGCUAUCUGCCAUUGCUUUCUCGCGCAAGUUGCAGGAACUCGGAUGCGGAAGACUUGCCGUGUCGACAAUAUUGCGCUACAGCUCGGUUUUCCAACUUGCGUCUGUCGUCGUUCCAACCAAUCAAGGAGAUGAACACGAUACCGCACCAGUUGAGACUGAAUCUCAAGAUUCUCUGGUGGCCUUUGAUCAAGGUUUUAUUCACCAGGUAGAAAGCAAAUUCAAAGCCCAGGGGUCGUCCGUCCAAGACAUCUAUCCUUGUACGCCUUUGCAAGAGGCGAUGCUUGCAGCAGAGUCUGGUGGACAGUCUGCUUACUUCAAUCAUCUUUUGCUUCUUGUGCAUAGUGAUGCCGAGGCUCUGAAGCUUGCGUGGAGCCACAUGAUGCAAAGACACGGCAUUCUCAGAACUUGUUUCGUGCAGACCAAUGACAAGCAAUUUGCAUUUGCUCAGGUUGUGCUGGACAAUUCCUCCUUGCCUUGGAAUCAAAUCGAAACAUCAUCUCUUGAGUAUGAGAUAGUCAUCAAGGACAAGAAAGCAGAAUUUGAACAAAUUUCGCCUGUCAAUGAUCAGCUACCAUAUUCAUUGACUCUCGUCACUGAUACUACAUCGGGGAAUACGCAUCUGUUGUUGUCUAUUCACCACGCUCUCUAUGAUGGAGAGGGUAUUUCUCAGCUUCUGCACGAGCUGCAGCUAUCGGUCUUGGGCAGAGAAUUGCCUAAAAGUACACCAUUUUCUCAAUUCAUCGACUACAUGACAUCCGUGGACUACAGUGCCUCUGACAAAUACUGGAAGCAGUAUCUGACUGGUGUUUCCCCAACACUCCUUCCCGCCGCCGGUGCAGACAACUACGCUUCGCAGCAGAUUCACAUGUCUCUCAAAACCCCCUUCCACUCUUUCAAACAGCAGUGCAAGGAUCUUUCCGUCAGCCCCCUGAACGUAUUCCACGCUGCGUGGGCCAGACUUCUCUCGCUUUACACUGAUUCCUCAGAUGUCUGUUUCGGAAAUGUCUUCAGCUGCCGAACAAUCUCGUUGGACGGAGCAGAUCAGAUCGUCGGUCCCUGCUUCAACACACUCCCAUUCCGAGUCAAAAUCACUUCCACGGCAACGAAUCACGAUCUGUUGAAGUCGUCGCAAAAGAGUAAUAGCGAGAUACUGCCUCACCAACUCAGUCCCUUGAGACGAAUUCAACGUGUUGUUGGAGCUGGCUCGAGACUCUUCGACACGCUGCUCAUUUUCCAAAACACAAACACUGACCUGGAUGCCAAUAUCUGGGAACUUCUCCAAGAUGAGGGUAACAUGGGAUUCCCUCUUAUUUGUGAAAUUGUACCCAAUGAUGCAGCAAACACCAUCCAGGUCUGUUUGCAUUUCCAAGAAUCGCAUAUCUCAAAGGCAGCUGCUGAGAGCGUUGCGCGGGAUUUCGUUACUCUCGUCGAACACAUUUCUCAAUACCCCUUUGCUCAAGCUUCCGAUAAGACACCCUUGGGAGCACAGACUCCUGUUGUGUUUGCGCAGGUUACGAGCAAAGCUGUCAAUUUCCGGUCCAAUAAACCUCUUCAGACUCGCCCUUGGUCCCACCAGGAAGAGGCUGUUCGCGAGAUCUUGUGCAAAUUCUCUGACGUCGAGUCCGAAGAAGUAUCUCAAGAUACGACAAUCUUCCAGCUUGGACUAGACAGUAUCAACGCAGUCCAAAUUUCGGCCAAGCUACGUGGACUGGGGUAUAAGAUCUCGUCUGGGGACAUUCUUGAAGCAGCAUCCAUUGAAAAGAUCGCAUCUCUUCUCGGUUCCGUGGAAAAUACCGAUGACAAAGUCGUUUAUGACUUUGAAUCUUUCCAAACCCAGCAUUUGCAGCCCGUGCUUGAUCAGCUUGGACUCGCUGGUGAGGUCCAAUCCCUGUCCUCUUGCACGCCUGUUCAGAACGGCAUGUUGGCUGCAUUCACCCAUUCCAAUGGUGAUGUUUACUUCAAUCGCAUGGCACUGAACUUCUCGGCACCUUUGAACUCGACGCGCUUGAAAGAGGCGUGGUCUGAAGUUGUCGCUCAACAUGAGAUGCUGCGGACGGGCUUUGUUCAGCUACGCGAUCAGCAACAUCCCUUUGCCAUGCUCACCUAUAGCACCAUUGAACUCCCCUGGUAUGAGAUACCCGUGGGAUCUCCUAUCCAAGAAAAGAAUAUUCUGGAGAACCUUCACCGGCCCCCUUGGAGUAUCGAAGUCGAGGCCGGCGAAAAUAUCAAUGUCUUGUAUUUCUCCGCAUUACAUGCCAUCUACGAUGCCCAAUCUCUAUCUGCCAUAUUCGCAGACGUGAAAACAAGAUAUGAAGGAAACGCCCUUCCACCUCGACCCCCGAUAUCCGAAACCCUCGGUCCAAUCCUCAUCGAAAGCAAAAACCAAAGCGAAUCGGCGACCUUCUGGAAAGAUCUCGCCCCAGAAGUCCACCCCUCUAAAUUCCCCGAUCUGCACCCCACCCGCACAGACGACCGUAUACUCCUCACCCAUUCCAUUCGCUGCUCGCAGCCUCGCAAGACCCUCGAGGACGCAUGUCGCAACCUAGGCGUGACCCUUCAAGCAGCCGCCCAGACCGCAUGGGCUCGCUUGCUAUCUGCGUAUACUGGAGAGUCAAACGUCACUUUCGGAACUGUGCUUUCGGGUAGAAACCUCUCCACUGCGGCACAAGAGGCUGUGUUCCCUUGUUUGGUUACGGUGCCGACGCCUCUGCGUAUUGAGGGUGCUAAUCGAGAGCUCUUGGAUCGCACGCUGAGAAGGAAUGCUUUGCUGGUUAAGCAUCAGUUUGCCCCGCUUGCGAAUAUUCAGCGCUGGCUCGGAAGUGACGAGCCGCUCUUUGAUACUUUGUUUGUUUAUCAGAAGUUCGCUUCAGCUGCCGCGGGUUGGGAUGUCGUUGAUGAGAAGACGAAGAUUGAUUACCCCGUUUCCAUUGAGUUGAUUCCGCAAUCGACGGAUCUGCAGAUCUCACUGAGUUACAGGGGUGAUCUUGUUCCUGCAGAGCAGGCUGUUGUUCUACUAAAUCAGUAUGACAAGUUUUUGCAGGACACUGUCUUCUGCCCUGAUGCUGAUGCAACGAGCCAUGCGUCUGUUGGUGGCGACUUGCUCUCGGUGACACCGGCGAAGGAAGCGCCUAUCCCUGCACCUGUCAACUUGCUGCAUCAGUUUGUUGAAGUCAAUGCGCUGCGAAUUCCCGAGAAGAUUGCAUUCGAGUUCGCUUUCGGUGAGACUGCCGAUAGUCUCCAGAAGAGGACUUGGACUUAUCGCCAGUUCAAUGAAUGCGGUAACCAAAUCGCGCAUCUUCUGCAGAGCAAGGGUGCUGUGCCUGGUGGAGUAGUGGCUAUCUGUUUCGACAAGUGUCCGGAAGCUUCGAUGGCAAUCCUGGGAAUCUUGAAAGCCGGUUGCGCAUACUUGGCUCUUGAUCCUGGGGCUCCUAUCUCUCGCAAACAAUUCAUGUUGGAGGACUCGGGUACCAAAGUCUUGCUAUGCAGCCAGUCAAAGAAGGCUGAAUUGGCUAGCCUCGAGGGCAUUGAUGUUCAAGCUCUUGAUGAACCCGGUCUAUUUGAUGAACUCCCAACUGGUGAUGUCUCCCUUGUCCGACCAAUUCUCCCAGAUGACACAUGUUAUUGUCUGUACACUUCCGGCACGACUGGAACGCCCAAAGGCUGCGAGAUCACACACGACAAUGCCGUGCAGGCAAUGCUCGCAUUCCAAAGAUUGUUUGCCGGCCACUGGGAUGAAGACUCCCGAUGGCUCCAAUUUGCGUCUUUCCAUUUCGACGUCAGUGUUCUGGAACAGUACUGGAGCUGGAGUGUUGGAAUCUGUGUGACGUCGUGCCCUCGCGAUUUACUCUUUGAAGACCUACCCGGGACGAUCCAGAAGCUUCAGAUCACACACAUCGACCUCACGCCCAGUCUGGCAAGACUCGUUCACCCUGAUGAAGUGCCUUCACUCUGUCGCGGAGUCUUCAUCACCGGUGGAGAGGCGUUGAAGCAAGAAAUCCUCGACGCAUGGGGCAAGCAUGGCGUGAUCUACAACGGAUACGGGCCUACAGAGGUUACUAUCGGCUGCACUAUGCUUCCGCGAAUGUCCGCAAAUGACAAAGCCUCGAAUAUCGGGCCCCAAUUCGAUAAUGUGGGAUCUUACGUUUUCACCCCCGGCACAACGACACCCGUGCUACGCGGUGGCAUUGGUGAGCUUUGUGUCUCUGGACCACUCGUCGGAAAAGGAUACCUGAACAGAGCGGAGCUCACGAAAGAACGAUUCCAAGACCUUCCUGAAUUCGAAGACCGGAUCUAUCGCACUGGUGAUCUCGUGAGAAUCCUUCACGAUGGCAGUUUCCAGUUCCUAGGACGUAUCGAUGACCAGGUUAAGCUUCGCGGACAGCGACUUGAGAUCGGAGAGAUCAACGAGGUGAUCAAGCAGGCGACGCCGGAAUUGAACGAAGUCGCUACUCUGGUCAUCACGCAUCCUAAACAAGCUAAGGACCAGCUCGUCUCUUUCUUCACGACCGUUGCGGAUAAGAAGUCUCGUGCUGAUGUUGCGGUUCGAUCUUCGAAGGAAGACCGUGCUUUGCUAUCCAAGAUCAAGGGUGCUUGCUCUACCCAUCUUCCGGGAUAUAUGGUGCCUACUCAUAUCAUCCCGAUGACAAGGUUCCCCCUCUCUGCAAACAAUAAGGCCGAUAUGAAGGUCCUCAAGGGCAUUUACCAGAACCUAACCCUGGAUGAAAUCCAAAGGUUGGGCGCUUUGACUGUUGACCAGCCCACUGGCAGUGCGCAAGAAGGGAAGAUCUUGCAAGUUCUCACCAAAUUCAUUGGAUCGACUGAGACGAUCUCUCCAUCAUCCAGUAUCUAUGAGCUAGGUCUCGAUUCAAUCUCCGUCAUCGCUUUCUCGCGGAGUUUGAGAGAGGUUGGGUUCUCCCAAGCCCAACCUUCUAUCAUCAUGAAGCAUCCUACCAUCGUUGCAAUGGCUGCUGCACUCCAGAAUUCAAGCUCUUCCAACUCUGUCGAGGCUAUCCAGCGCAAAGCCAAGCAGGGGAUUGUGGCGUUUGCUCAAAAGAACUCUCACGCUGUCAUUGAGCAUGUUGGAGUUCUUGACGAUGAUGUCGAGAACAUCGCACCUUGCACGCCACUCCAGGAAGGUAUCAUAUACCACUUCUUGUCAAGCACUACCCCUCUGUACUGCUCGUCCUUUACCUUUGAGCUUGACGAGUUUAUUGACGUCGAGACUCUGCGGGGGGCCUGGGCCAAGACCCAAAGAGAAGUUCAAAUGCUGCGCGCCAGAUUUUCACCAUCUGCCGAUGGCUAUGCUCAGGCCAUACUGAAGCAAGAUACACUACCUUGGUUCUUCGAUGCAGUAGAAACCAAUGGUGACGUUGAUUCCGUGCGCAAACAGCGACAUGGAGCAUGGACCUCUCGGCUCAACGGCCUUGCAACCCAGCUUUGGGAAGUGGGUGUUAUCUCUUCCCCCGAGCAGUCUAUGAUGUGUCUGCACAUAUUCCAUGCUCUUUAUGACGGAAACAGUCUGGUUCUUCUUCUCGAGUCUGUGGCUCGAAACUAUCUCGGUCAACGCAAGGAGACGCAGACAGUCCCGGAAUUCCUUGAUGUCUUGCACCUUGGACCUCUUUGCAAAGAUCCUGCGGCAGAGAGAUUCUGGAAAGAGCAUCUCGCAGGCUGUCGUGACCGGCCUUUUGUUGAGAAGGGCACGGAAGACACCCCAAUUCUCCACAAGGCUCAGAUCAACGCCACCGAUCAGGUGGAUCAUCUGCGUCGAUCCCUCAAUAUCACGGAGCAAGCUGUACUCCACACAUGCUGGCUCCUCACUCUCCAGCAGCAAUACUCCUUUGUGCCACCACUUGGUAUUAUCGCCUCGGGUAGGACUAUCGAUGUGCCCGGAGUCGAAGAUGUGGUUGGCCCACUUUUCAACACCAUUCCCAGUAAUGUCCAGCUCUUUGGCUUAGAGUCUUGGGCUGAUGUUGCUCGUCGGUGCCAUGACUAUCAUGUUUCUAUGAUCCCAUUCCAAUACACCGCUCUGCGAGACAUUGUCAAAUGGCUCGGCAAGAGUCCUGAUGAGCGACUCUUCAACACUCUGUUUGUCUUCCAGCGCGAGGAUGACGAUGUUGAGCCUUUGACCAAGAACCUUUGGCGGACUAUGAACUCAGAGGCCGAACAUGAGUACCCCCUUGCUUUUGAAGUUGUGCGCAAUGGCAAUCAAUCUUUGACCGUCACCCUUGCCGCGAAGAGCAAUGCAGUCUCUCUAGAGGAUACUCAACAAUUGGUUUCCAGGUUCGAGACUGUUCUCUCGCAGUUUGCCCAAGAUCCAGACAGAGCGUUGCCGAAGAUAAAUAGCGAUGCUUCGCCCAUCACAAAAGGUGAGGCGAACGGUCCUCAUGACUCCUUGGUGAAACAUAUCAAUGGAGAUCACGCUACUAGCUCGUCCUUUGAAUGGACUUCUCACGCCUGCAUCAUCCGCGAUGUCAUCUCGACCCUCGCUGGGAUUGAAGCCGAAUCCAUACGCGAGGACACCUCCAUCUUCGAAAUUGGACUUGACAGUAUCGACGCAAUCAAGAUCUCAUCUCGACUCAGCAAGGCUGGAAUCAAACUUCAAGUCAGCUCCAUCAUGCGCCAUCGUACAGUGAAGGCCAUGAGCGCACAGCUCUCAAUGACAAACAGUCAUGCUGAGAAUGGUGGUCCCUCAAUGCUUGAAAGAUUAGAGAAGUCGCUCGUCAAGUUCCUGGAAAGCGAAGGCACUCUCCCCUCAGAUGCUACUCGGGUUUUACCAGCUACGCCCAUUCAAGAAGCCAUGGUCGCAGAGAUGACUUCUUCUGAGUAUGAACACUAUUACAAUCAUGAGAUUCUCGAAAUCGAGGCAGGUAUGGAUCUCGGAAGAAUGGAAGCGGCUUGGAGAGCGGUCGUCAAAGCUCAUCCUAUCCUGCGGACUUCGUUUGUUGAAGUUUGGGACCCUGAGAUUCCCGUUUCCUAUGCACAGAUCGUUCAUAGUGAAGACCGUGCUGACAUCCACACUGUGCACUUGCAUGGUGUAUCCGUGGAAUCCAUCAUCGAGACACAAGUAUCGAAGGUUCGCAAUGAGAAAAUCAACGGCCCCUUGCUCUCUGUCACUCUCGCAGUGGAUGGAGCGAAGCAUUACCUUGUCCUCUCAAUCGCGCACGCUCUCUACGAUGGCUGGUCAAUCAACUUGCUCCAUGAAGAUAUUGCCAAAUCAUAUGCUGGCGAGACAUGCGCCCGUCCAUCCGCUGACGACAUUCUCGAGCAAAUCAUCUCGUCUUCGGGCGACGAAUCACUCCGAUACUGGCGUGCAACCCUAGCAAACUUCUCACCAGUGCCCUUCUUGCCUAUGAAGCACUCUGGUGAUGAUGCAACGGCCGUCCACCGCGGAGAAAAGGCUUUGUCUGUUCCGCUCUCCAAGGCAGAGACGUUCUGCAAGCGCCAUGGAAUCACCCUGCAAGCACUUCUUGUUAGCUGUUGGUCUCUUGUUCUCGCUACGCAUGUCAAGAGGCUAGAUGUGGCCUUUGGUCUUGUCCUUUCCGGGCGCAACGUCGCUGAUUCUGAGAAUGUGAUGUUCCCGACGAUGAAUACCGUCGCUAUGCGCAUUGUUCUCCAUGGUACUCGUCUCGAACUCGUCAAGUACGUACAAGAGGCUCUUCUUGCUAUGUCGGAGCACCAGCAUUUCCCGCUUCGUCGCGCGAGACCUGAUACCGGGUCGCGGGCUUUGUUCGAUACUUUGUUCAUGUAUCAGAAGCGACCGGUGGAUAAUCAGGCUGGGCCCUCUGUCCUGUACAAAUCUACCGGUGGAGCUGCAAGCGUUGAAUACCCUGUCUGUGCUGAGAUCGAGGGUGUUGGGGAGGAGCUCGUUGGCCGAGUGGCGGGCCGUGGGAAUGUUGUUGGAGAUGCAGAUGCUCGUAUCCUGUUGGACCAAAUGGGUGACGUUCUUUCGUCCAUUAUUGACGAAUCAUCCGAGCAGACGAUCGAAUUCACCGAGAAGGGAGUCAGGAUCUGCGGAGGGUCUCCCUUCAAGGACGAGACUGAACAAGAAGUUGCUGUCGAUAGGCCUCGAGAAAUUCACCAAACGGAGUGGUCGCCGAUCGAGUCCAAGAUUCGAAACGUCCUCUCUAUUGCUUCCGGAGUGUUGGAGGACUCCAUCGGAAAGAACUCUACCAUCUUCGAACUUGGUCUGGACAGCAUCAGUGCCAUCAAAGUCGCGGCACUCCUGAAGAAACAAUCGGUCCGGCUAGCUGUCAGUGACAUGCUUCGAGCUGGCACGGUCCAGAACAUGGCUACCGCAGCCAACAGCAGCCCGACGGACUUCUCGAUCGAUGUUCCAAGCAUCUUGCGCGACUCGCUGGGUGACAUCGAUGUCCUGCAACUAAUGGAAUCGCACAGUGUCAACGCACAAGAGGUGGUGGGAAUAUUCCCCGCAACUGCAGGACAGACCUACUUCCUUGAGAUGCAUGAUGUGAAUCCCCACGUAUUCUAUCCCGAUUUCUACUAUUUGUUGUCCGAGCAACUGAGCCCAGAGAUACUCGACCAGGCCUGGGCGCAGGUGGUCGAGCGAACCCCGAUGCUCCGCACCGCAUUCCUCCGCACAGAUUCCCGGCUUAUGCCGUAUGUCCAGGUGGAGCUUGAGGCGGUGCACAUUCCAGUGAUCUGGCAUUCCAGGUUCGAUUCGGAUCGUGUUUCACGGAGUCGCCGGCAAGGAUUUGGGGCUGUGCCUGUUGCAUUGCAUGCUUACCAAACGACCAAGGGGACGGCGCUUGUCCUGCAGCUGCACCACGCACUGUAUGAUGCAGUCAGCCUGCCGCAGAUUUUGGAUCGGCUUGUUUCACACUGCCAUGGCGAAACCCCCCCAGCAGAACCCGACCUUGGUCUCUCGCAGCUGGUAGCAUUCCAGCAUGUGCAUUCGCCCCUGCAGGUGCGGCGCGAAUUCUGGCAAAAGUAUCUAGGCCGAGCUCCAACGGCGCCUAAGCGCGGGGUUGGCUCUGGGGUUGGCUUUGGGCCGGUGGAACACCAUUACCGGCCGGGGCUGGUGGCCAACAUGGCCAACAUCGAAAAGGUCGCUAAGCGCCAGAGUCUCAGCAUUCAGGCCAUUUUCCUGGCCAUCUAUGCUCGCGUGCAUCUGCAGCACUUCGAAACAGUGGACGACGCAGGGUCGCACGGGCGGUUAAUUGUUGGCCUGUACCUUGCCAAUCGAUCGCACUCUCUCGACGGUCUGGCCGACUCAGCAAUCCCGACCGUGAACAUUGUCCCAUUACGGUUGGACGACAAGCUCAGCGAUUCCCCUUCUACGCUGCUGGAUGCCGCCCGGCGGAUUCAGGCGGACCUCACCGAGAUCAGCCGCGUCGAGCACUCCAGCGUGUCGCUCCUGGAAAUUGCCGAGUGGACCGGUCUCCAGCUUGACACCUGCGUCAAUUUCCUACGACUGCCAGAGCAACUGGCGCCGGGCAACGAGAAGCUUUCGGUCACAGCUUUGCAACGCGAGGAGUUGGAAAAUCUUAGCGCGACGAUUCCCUCGGACAACCAGAGAAUUAAAAGCAAUGGUGUUACGCCACCGGGUGCAGCGGAUGAUCUUAGCGUCCCAACGGCCUCUUUCCUACUGCCUACGAUCGACGUCGAAGCCGCCGUUCGCAAGGGCCGACUGGAUUUCGGUCUCUUCGCGCCGCGGUGCAGGCUUCCCGGGGAUAUUGCCGCUGCGGCGAUCGACACCAUGAAGCGGCAGAUGUCCACUUUGGUGACAGGCUCCGAAUCCAUGUAG